AUGGCUUAUGAUACACUAAUCCAUAUUUACAUGUGCUGCACUGCCGAAGUAUCAGGGGAAAACGCGGAAAUUAUGGAAAUCAGCUUAUUGCAUGAUGAAUCCAAUGCAGGAACCACCAGUUUGCUACCACUGCCAUUGUUAUCAUAUGGACCAAGAUCAAUGGUUCCAAUACAAGUACCAUCGUCAUCAGACCUUGAGAGUAUCCUGUCACCAGAUCCAAUCUACAGUGAUCUUCAGUUGAAAGAGAUAAACUACAAUGCUGCAGCAAUGGAUGAAAGCACUGAGUUCCUUCACCUGAUUCUUAGUGGCAAUGAUGAAGGAUACAAUACCACAACUGAAUUACAAGUUUGGGAUGUUCUGGAUUUCUAUGUCUCAGAAAACUUUUCUGCUCUCCAAUUUGAUAGUUUGAUGGGUUUUACAAAUGAAGUUAGUACUUCCUACAAUGAUUGUAUGAAUUUAGUUGACAUGGUAGAGCGGCCCGUGGCUCGUCUGUCUCUAGAUGAUACACCAAAACCAAGUAACAGUGACGAUGCGGUUCCGGCAGACAAUGUCACAAUGGACCCUGAUGAAACAUCCUUAUACCUUCAGACAAAACCAACAGAUUCAGAAACAGAAAGUAGUUCUGUCGCAGGAGAUGUUGAAACUGAAUAUCUAGAUCAAAAGCUACUUUCUAGAUGUCUGCCUGAUUUAAUGGAUGUUGACUCGCCCAACCGCUUACUGAAAACACCAUUGAGAACAAAACAUGUGACUCUUGUGCUUGAUUUGGACGAGACUCUUGUACAUUCAACACUGGAUCAAUGCGACAAUGCUGAUUUUACCCUAGAAGUUUUCUUUAAUAUGAAAAAUCACACAGUGUAUGUGAGAAAAAGGCCUUACCUGAAAAUGUUUCUUGAGAAGGUUGCUCAGCUGUUUGAGGUUGUCAUUUUCACAGCUAGUCAGAGAAUCUAUGCGGAGCAACUUAUAGAUAAACUUGAUCCUGAUGGAAAAUAUAUCUCGCGGCGUAUUUAUCGUGAAUCUUGUAUAUUCUCUGACGGUUGCUAUACAAAGGACCUGACAAUUCUGGGGAUCGACUUGGCAAAAGUUGCAAUAGUUGACAAUACUCCACAGGUUUUCCAGUUGCAAGUGGACAACGGCAUACCAAUUAAGAGCUGGUUUGAUGACCCCUCAGAUCAGGAAUUGAUCGAUUUACUCCCAUUCCUGGAGAGCCUCGUGGAUUCAGAGGACGUGAGGCCAAUAAUUUCAAAGACCUUUCAUGACAAACUUGAGCAGAAUUAG